AUGGUUGCUAUUUCUACUCACCAUGAACGACCCGUCGCCGUGCACUUUGGUGCCGGAAACAUUGGUCGUGGCUUCAUCGGCGCCUUGCUUGCCGAGUCUGGAUACCAUGUAGUCUUCGCGGAUGUUGACGCCAAUAUGAUCAAAGAGCUGAACUCGCAAGAUCACUAUGCUGUGGAUGUCAUUCAUGCGGGUGGAUGCGAUGAGGUCGAGAUCAUCUCUGACUUUGAGGGCGUCAUGUCGAACGACGAGGAGGUUAUCACCCAUCUUGCCCUACACGAAACCCGCAUCGUUACCACGGCUGUCGGCCCGCCCGUUCUUCCCAAGAUUGCACCGACGAUUGCGCGCGGUCUGCGUGCCCGGCGCGACGCCGGGGUGCCACCCAUUAACAUCAUCGGAUGCGAGAACAUGGUUCAUCAGACCGAUGAGCUCAAGAGACAUGUCUACGCCCACCUGGACGAGGAGAUGCGGGCAUAUUGCGAUCAACACGUUGGCUUUGCGAACUGCGCUAUUGACCGUAUCGUCCCCGGAGGGCACGACCCAUCCCACCCGCUCGAUGUUACCGUGGAGGAGUUCUCAGAGUGGGCGGUGGACCAGAAGGGCCUGGUGGCUCCCAUUGACCCACCGAUCCACCGCAUGACGCUCACGGACAAGCUUGACGCCUACAUCGAGCGCAAGCUCUUCACACUAAAUUGCGGGCAUGCCACCGUGGCGUACCUUGGCUUUGUUCUCGGCAUCUACCAGCUUCAUGAGGCCGUUGCCCAUCCCGUCAUCCGUCACCACACACACCGUGCACUAGUCGAAGGUGGCGCUGCGCUGGUUCGCAAGCAUGGCUUCCCGGAGAACGAGCACACCCAGUACAUCGACAAGGUCAUGACUCGCUUUGCGAACCCCAAGUUGGGCGACACUGUGACCAGGGUCGGCAGGCAGCCCCUGCGCAAGCUGGGCCGCCACGACCGAUUACUUGGGCCGAUGUACAUGGCGCGCUCAUACGCUCUACCGACCAAGCAUCUGGCCCAUGCCGUUGCCGCUGCCUUCCUGUUCAACAUCCCGGAUGAUCCGGAGAGCGUAGAGUUGCAGAAGAAGGUGCAGGAGCUGGGUAUUGAGGACGCCGUUGUGGCGGUCACUGGGCUGGAGAAGGGCAGCCACGAACUCUCGGCCGUCGUGCAGGCUUACAACGAGCUCAAGCAAUGA